CCCAUACGUGGCUCACCCAUCCAUCAAAUACCCAAGCCCUAUUUCUACAUUUUCAGCCCUUUCCUGUAAAUGGCCGGUUCAACGUCCUCACCGGCUCAUGAUCCGGUUUGGUAGGCUGCUUAAACCGCCGUUGCGGUCCCUCCCCUCAUCACUCUCCUAAUCGCACGCAGUAAUGGAGCCGCCGCCGCCGCCGCACGGCAUCCAAUUCGCCACCCAUUUGAUCUCAACAUUUUACGGAGACUUGUGCUCGAAAGUAUGCGAGUGUCUACUUAGAAGAGGAUCGUUAACUGUAGGGUUAAUAAUCAAGCACACGCACCUGAGCAGAGAAAACGUCAUCAAUUGCUUGCGCGUCUUGAUUCAUCAGAACUGCGUUCAAGCCUUCUCCUUCCAACGAAAUGAUGUUUUUGGUGAGCCACCAAAAGUUAUUACCCAGUAUAUGGCAUUGUUCAACAAUGUCAUGCAUAAAUCACGGGCUCCAAAGUUUUUGCAAAUUGUAUCAGAUGAGCUUGGCGAAGAUUGUUUGGGAAUAUUUCAAGGGCUGAUUCAACACGGCAGGCUUUCUUUUAAACAAAUUAUUGAGAGGAAGGAAGAGACAACAGGUGUAGGUAGUUUGGAUAUUGAUGCUCUUCGUGAGACCUUCAAUAGACUUUUGAAUGCCCGGUUUGUUGAACGUUGUCCUGCUCCUGAUCCAUUUCUCGCACCGCUUGAAGAUGAAUCUGCUGCAAAGAAAAGGGGUUCAAAGUUAGCCAAGCUAAAUCGAAUACCCCCGAAGGAGCAGCGUGCUAUUGAGGCUGCUGCUCCACUGGAGUCGAUGAGGUUUUUGAUGGAAAUGGAUGAAAACCUGGAGAAAAAUGAUGAGGAGAAUGGUAAGAGCGUGUCAGUUGGGGAAAAGCGCAAGCGAGCUUUAAAUUCAGAUGAGGACGUCUUGGAUCCCGAUGAUGAAAAGAAGGAAGUCCUUUGGCGGGUUAAUUUCGAGGAAUUUAUGCGCCAUAUGAGAAAAAAGGCUUGCGUUUCAUAUGUGAAAACAAAGAUUAAUGACGAAGCUGGUAUUGUGUUGGGUGCCGUUCUGGAUUUAAAUGGACGGUCGGAGAGUGGACAAAGAACUGAGAACACUGCUUACCUAUCCCUAAAUGAGAUAUAUCCUGAGGUGAUUAAGAAAGAGGGUGGUCUUGGGAUGGACCUUGAGCGUAUCAAAGUUUCACUUGAGCAGCUUGGAUGUGAAAUCGUCUCAGCCGGGCUAGAGGAUACCUUUAGCAUCGAUAUAAGGAGAUUCGUUGAAAUGGCUCAAAAUGAAGAAGUGGAGUCAGUGGUAAUGAGAAGACAUGGAAAGGAGGCCUACAGGAUUUUCAGGUUAUUGUCGAAAUCUGGUCGUCUUGUUGAGACUGAUAAGAUUGCAGAAUCUACUUUCGUCGACAAGAAAGUUGCUAUCCAGAUCCUGUACAAGCUCUGGAAAGACGAAUUCGUUUACAUGGAGACAUUGACGGCUACUGGAGCUGGUCGACCAACAAAGUUUCACGUGUGGGGUGUAGAUAAGCAUUCUCUAUGGGACCAAGUUCUUGAUGAGAUGUACCAUGCCGCUUUGAAUUUGAGACUCAGAAUAGCUCACGAGUAUGAACGUGGAAAAGAGGUCCUACAAUUACCUAGAGAGAAGCUCGUUGGGGAAUUCGCGAAAAAAUAUCAACUCGCGCUCAAAGUAAGGUCUAUUUUGGAAAAUUCAUCGUUGAGUUUGGAUAAUGCUAUCAUGUUAUUUCAUUGUUACUGAUUGCUGACUAUUGCUCGUUAUUUAUUUCACUUCAUUAAAAAAAGAAGAAGAAAAUUGCUCCAAGUAUCUUUAUGUAUUUUGUGGCCAUUUAUAUUUCUGUCCGUAAUUUGGAAAGUAAUAUUUGGUCAAAGCUCCGACCAUAAGAUGUAAUAAGACUUGCAGGGGAAAAAAGACGUAAUAAGACUUGCAGCUAAAGAAAAAUGAAAUAGAAAAAGGUAUGAAAAACUCUAUUGCGACAUGAAUACUGGAAAACAUUCCUCAUUCCUAUGUGGACUGCUGCAAUUUCUCGUGCCACAUAAAUUCUAUGCAAUUUUCUCAUGUUUAAUACAGUAGAAAGAACAUUUCUUUUCAAACAAAAGGGGGGAAUAAGGAAGAAAAAAACAAUGUUAUUGAGAUGUGGCGUGUUUUUUUAGUAGAGGUUUAUUGGAGCUGAGUUGGGUAUUUUGUGUUCGUUCUCUGCUUGUUUGAGCUCGCGAAAGCUUUUGUUCUACUCGUUUAACAAAUCCAAAACCGUAAGCAAACUGUUCAUGGACACGAUUAUUUAUGUUAUUCUUAACAUGCUUGACUCGACUAUUCGCGACGUCUCUGCUUGUUCUACUCGGAUGUAUGACAUUAGAUAUUCCUAGUAGGUGUUA